AAAAAAUUUUCAAGGUUAUUUUUUUAAAUUAACUUGGGAGGUUGGCGAGUUAAAUUUCCUGUUAUGUUCUUGGGUUUUCAUGAAACUGAAGCGAGGAGAGUCUUCGCUGUUUCAGGGAAAAUGUCAUCAUAUGAUAAUGUUGUAACUGGGAAACUGAAGCUUAAAGGAAAAGCCUUGGGUGUGAAGGCUGCUGGGGCGAAGAAGAAAAAGAAACAUAAGAAGAAUAAUGAUGAAAUUACUAAAGUUGUAGAUGAUGACAUCGAAGCAGGUGAUGUCGGAGCAGGUGGAAGCACAGAAGUAUCAACUGAUCCUGGUGAGAAAGAGAUAGAUGAUCCUAACAAACUGACUGGUGAAGAGAAAGCUGCUCCUUAUGAUGACCAUCUCACACCUGCAGAGAGACGAUACAUUGAGCAGAGAGAGAGACUCGACAUUAAUAGGUUGGCAAGGGAAGCUAACAAAUCUCAUCGUGAUAGAAUCCAAGAUUUCAACCAGUAUUUGGCAAACAUGAGUGAGCAUUACGACAUCCCUAAAGUUGGCCCCGGUUAAUUCAGACCAGAGUUGGAGUACUAUGUGCAAAGUAUCAACCUUCUGCACUUUUUUCUAAUUGAAGUUUUAGCAUUAUAUGAAUGUAGAUGUAUUGGUAUACUGCAGGUGUAAUAUCUCUGGAUUGUUUGUUUGUUGGCAUAUUGCAGAUGAUGCAAUUUGUUUGUUAUGUUUAAUUGAAAAUUUCUGCUCUUUGUUAAUGUUUCGGUGAGCUUGGAAAUCUCCUUGAUAUAGCCUCUAUGAGAUCUGAAGAAAAUAACUCUGAUAGCUGCAGUUGAAAUGAUGCAAAACCAAUUUAUGGGGUAAGAAUUUGUAUUUAUUCUCA